AUGUUAAUGAACGACAACAAGAAGAACCCCAACAUGGGCCGUCAUGGCGAUCACCCCGCCAUCAGCAUGACUCCGAAUAUUAACAAUGGCCUCGCCUCCGAUAUGGAUAGAAGAUGGUCGUCACAGGAGUAUUCUUCCAUGAGGAACUCAGCUAAGAUUGCCACUAUAGGCUCUAACAAUACCCGCAAAGGCUCCUUUGAUGCAACUCCUGUGUUUUCCGUGAACUACAACAUGGGUUCGAUCAAUGCAUCACUAGGAUCUCCACGUUUGAUGGAGCCAUCGGCCGAUUUCUCUGUCCCUCCAACAUCCCAGACCAGCAUGAAUGCGUUUAAUGCCUUUACUAAUGCCAAUACGUCCCCUUCAAAAGAUCUAGGCGGGAACUAUGUGUUCCCACAACUAUCUGCCUCCUCAGUGACUAAUCCUAUUGGUGCCAACUAUAAGGCAACCAGAAAUUCCAUUCCUCAGUAUACUCCGAAAAGUGGUUCAUUCCCCGAGCAUGGAUUGCCACAGUUAACACAGGAAGGCAUGUCCUUUAGUACAUCACCAUUUCAUGACCACUUGGAUCUUUCGCCAACUAGAUUGAGUCACAAUUCCACAAACUCGAUUGGCUUGCAGCAAGACCUUGAAGUCUUAAAAGCCGGUUCGGGCUCUCCUCCACAUCCGCAAAGGUCUGUUUUUGAAGAUAUCUGGAAAGAAACAGGGUUGAAAGAGGAAGAUGCCAAGAUUAUGGACCAUGAACUGGACCAAAGAGAGCGGGAAAUGGAGAAGUUGCUCCAAGGGGAUGAUGAUAUUGGCCCCCCUCCACAAACGAACCAUUCUUCUUUUAGUUGGACAUCUCCUCCAAAUGCAGAUAUGCCUUCGGCAAGAAGAUUCUCAUACGACAUUGCAGCUGGUGCAAACUUUGUGCCUUUUGCCAGUCCAACCACUAACAGUGAUGAUUUAAACAUGAAUCGGUUCAACAUGAAUGCUCUACAGGGAGUGAACAAUAUGAAUCAAAUCAACCAACUGAACAAUCUGAAUACGAAUAGUAUGAAUGCUCUGGGGAUGAAUGAUUAUAAUAUAAAUCAAAUGCAUACUUUAAUGAACAAUAUGAUAUAUUACAAGAACCAGAUGCAAUUACCACCUCAAUCCCACCCAUCAGAACAAGAGUCACUGAAAUCCUACUCAAAACCCUCACUUGGUAUGAAUGUUUACCAAUCUGUAGAACCGACGAAGGAGCAAGUUUCCCAGGCCACUAGCCACGUUUCUCAGUAUUUAGGUAACCCUAGCCCCGAUGUACUCAAUAUAGAGAAAAGAUACUCAUACUUGAAUACUUCGAAUUUACCGCAUUUAACCUAUCCAUCGGAUACUUCCUACGAUAUCAAUAGCUAUCCAAUUAUUGCUUGCUGUUUCAAAAAUGCAAGAAUUGAUGUUUUCUAUAUAAACCCUCAAACUAAGAAGAGUUUAGAAAACCUCAAGGUUGGUGAUUUGGUGAUUGUGGAAGCCGAUCGUGGCAGAGACUUAGGCAAGGUAGUCAAGUUGAAUGUGAGUGUUCAAGAAGCUAGAUUAUUAAGAUAUGCGCAGUAUAUGAAUAGAAAGGCAGCAAUGUCUAGAGAUGAUGAUUUCCAUAAAAAACCUAUACUUAAUUACCCAAAACCUGUUCUAAGAUUUGCAAGACCAGAAGAGCUACUAACUAUAGAUGCUAAGAUAAAUGAUGAAUUAAGAGCUGUCAACGUUUGCACAACUAAAGUCAGAGAAUACAAUUUAAAUAUGACUAUUGUUGAUGCAGAAUAUCAAUGGGAUAUGAAAAAGCUAACGUUCUACUACCAAUCUGAAGUCCGUAUAGAUUUUAGGGAUUUAGUGAAAGAGUUAUUCAGGAUUUACAAAAUUAGAAUCUGGAUGUCUAAGCAGGGGGAUAUUUGA